CUGAUGGAGAGCAAUAAGUAUUGGUACGUCUCUCCAUUUAUUUUUUCGUCUCAGUUUCCUCUUCAAUUCUUCACCAGAUUCUUGUACUUCUACUUCUACUUCUACUUCUUCUUUCACUUCAUCUGAACGUUUCGGUCUUUUGAAACCAUCUGGGCUUGUUUCAAUUCAUUCGAAUAACGAUGUUAUCGGCGAAGAAUUUGGGUUCUCUGAACCCUUCUGAUUUUAAGCUUGUUCCUACACCCAAGGCGUUGUUUCAGCUUGUUCCUACUCCGAAUUCGUUGUUUAAGCUUGUUCCUAAACCCAAGAUGUUGUUUCCGCUCCAAUUUUUCCGUCUGGUUGCUAUCCUGCAAAUGCUUGAAUCCAUAAUAUUGGAUUUUGGGGAGGAAAUGCAGAGGCUUGUCAAGUGGGCUUCUGCGAGUGGAAAUCUUGGACUUCGUAUACUCUGGCUCUUUCUGCAUUUGGCUGUCAGCAUAUGGUUCUUUCUGGUGGGCAUAGUACAGUAUUUCGAGAGCUUUCUCAUUGCUAGUGAUAUAUUUAAGAAAUAUGAAGCCCUCGAUAUCAGCAAGGUUCGGUAUUUAGCUGUGGUGAUUGACAGUGGAGAAGCUCGGCAGAUUUCGAAAGUAUUUGAACUGUUGGAGUGGCUUGUCGACAUUGGUGUGAGAAAUGUCUGCCUUUAUGACCCAGAUGGGGUGUUGAAGAAAUACAAAGAAGCAAUCACAGACAGGUUCAGUAGCACAAAAGUUUCUGAGGAAUCUUCAACUAAUGGUGCAGUUGCUACAGACAGAAACUUAACCUUGGAAUUUGUCUCAUUCUCCGAUGGAAAGGAAGCAGUAGUUAAGGCAGCGAAUUAUCUCUUUACCAAGCACUAUACAAAUGGCGAUAAGGAAAAAACAGACUUUACAGAGCCUCAAAUGGGAGAGGCUUUAGCAGCCAUUGGGUCUGGUGGACCAGAGCCUGAUCUCUUACUAAUUUAUGGACCCAUACGGUGCCAUCUUGGGUUUCCAGCAUGGAGACUUCGGUACACUGAGAUUGUACAUAUGGGGUCAUUGAAGUCUAUGAAAUACGGUGCCCUGGUGAAAGCCAUCUACAAGUACACUAUGGUUCGCCAAAACUAUGGUAUUGGUUUCUUAAUCCAGCUCCCUUGGUAGCUAUGCAAUAUUACAACUAAAAUCAAUUGAAUGUUUUUUGGUAGAACACUAAAUGCAGAAUAUAAGGAUUUUGAUCUUACCAUAUUCUUAUAAGAAACUUUCAAGCUGCCAAGUUUUGAAAAUGUUAUCAAAAUGCAACUUCAUGUCUGGGACUGGGAGUAGCUUGAUAGAUGCUAUCUGCAAUAUGCUUCCAAUAUCAUUUCUUCCCAUGUCCUUUACGUGCUCAUCUUUAGUUUACAACCAAUGUCAUUAGUUUCAGCGGAAUGGUGGUUCUGAUUAUUAAGUUGACCAAUGGGCUCACUAAAAUUACUUUCUUGUCACUGAGUGACCGGAAACGUGCAUUACCUUUGUUGGAACCUGAAAAUAAACUUUUAUUUUAGGCAGACUAUUGUCACUUUUAGUGUUGAAAGAACAUUUAUCUUAUUUCAAUGUUGAUCCUUUUCCAGGUUCGUGAGCAAUUCAUUCCGGGGGUAUUUUCUUCCUGUGGAAGGACGAAACUCAAUGAAUGGACAUUGGUUAUGGCCUAAUAUAUUGUUGUACUAUUUUUGCAACUUUUUAAUCAAAAUUCGUAUUGUUGUAGUUUGGCCCCUCUAUCUGUCUUGUAUCUUGUGGUUUAACUUUAUGCUAAUAUUGUACUCCCUCCGUCUUAUAAUUAUUGUCAGUUUUACUAAAAAUGAAAGAUUUUAUUUUUAGUUAAACUUAACUAUAUUUUACCGUGAACAACCGGAUAUACCCAUAUAUAAGUAAUUGUUUAA